GAUAGUUCAGCUCAAUGGAAAGCCACUUAUGUAACUGCUGUGCGAAGUGAAAGCUAUGAUACGGCUUUGGGGAGGGUUACAGUGCUACGUGUAGUUGUCGUGGAGUGUGCAACACAGGUUGGGUUUUACGCAGCUGUGCUCACACUGGGAAUGUGAUGCAUGUAUCCGACAGUGCGCACGUAUGGACGGAGUGAGAAGGACGUGGGAGCGGUAUGAUCUGUCGCUCGGAUCAACUCUCGGACUUUGACAUGAUGAGAAAAUGUGAAGAAGAAUUGCAUGGCCCUGGUAGACAUCGCGCCGAUGAGCUUCCUUCUCAUCCUGCUCCUCAUUUUGGUCUCGGGAUUUGGGAGUAAACCCAGAAAGCAUAAAUCAAAGAGAACCUUGAGGUGUAUCUGUGUUGUUUGGGGCAUUGGCAGUAAUCUGGAGUACCAUAUAACCCUUGAGGGCUGGAAUUCUUUCUUAAUUCUAAGCUGUCUGAGUGUGUUUACGACGCGUGUGGACGCUCACAGUGAGCAGAGUCUGAAAGAACUGCAGGUGGUGCUCAAAAACAUGACUCCAUUUUUUAACGUAUCGACAGCUUCCUUGUACACUCCUUUGCCAGAUGUAAAUAAAUGCACUCGGAAAUCGAUGUACUGCUACCUGUUGGAGUUGAGCGUUAUACUGAACGAAGAAGAAUACAAGGACGAAGACGAAAACAUUAAUGAAAUGUCACAAAUAAUUUUCUCUAUUAAAAAGUCCUACCAAAAUCUCAACAUCAACUGCAACACGUGUUUAGCCUGUGAACAACAUCAGCUUGCCAACUCCACAACGUUCUCCGCAAGGAUGCAGGAAUUUCUUCAGAAACUGCUUUCAAAACUGCCUUAUACUCCCAACAAUGACUGUAAUUAGUACACUAAAUGUACACCACAGCCAUGAUGUAAGUAAGCUCUUUUUUUAUGCAUGGUGUCAAACAGACUGAAACUGUAUUAAUGCCAUUAACCAUAAAUCUCUAGUAAUAUUUAUUGUUAACAGAAAGACCUACAUUAUACAAAGUUUUUAGAGUUAUGCUCAGUUCAAAUGUGCUCGUGGUUCCUUUUUUAUUGUUUUAUAAAUGGUGUUAUAUCUAUUUUUGUACAACUUAAGUUCUUUUUUCUUCCUUGCAUUCUGUUUGAUGUAGCACAUAAAAAUAGCUGUGAUAAAAUGUUUGAAUGCCUAAAAUAACUGCAGUGUUUAUUCCAGCCAUAAAGACUUCUUUAUCUAAAGAUGUCUAGAAAAAAUAUUCCAGCUAUCUGUUGUCUUGUAUAUAAUAUAGAUAAUGUGAUGUUAAAAGCUGUGCUGGAUGCCAUGUUUUGCCUAAUAAUUAAUCGUAUUUGCUAUAAAGUGGGGUGGAUGCCCUAAAUUUUAGAGUUGGAUGAUCCUUAAUGAUCGGAAAGACUGUCAGAGUGGGAAGAAGUGGAAUGGAUUUCUAGCUAUUUGUCUAUUUGCACAUAUCUUUUGCUAAAAUAUUUCUCAGAAAAAAAAUGUCACCUGUACAGUUUUAUAGGAAAAGCAAUCCGAGUUCUCAAUCGUUACGCUGCUGUGAUGACAACAUCAACACCUUCUCUUACAAAAAGAGUCGGAUGAUUCCAUGUGGGAAAAAAAAAGACCUUGGAAUAUUAAAGACUGACGGUCAGCAUUGUGGUUACAGUCGCUCUUCUGGUCUGUUGUUUGGGGUUGUGUGAAGCAGGACCACAGGAGGUUUAAUCUAUGUCUCUGUCCUCGCGUACGGUCAUCAGUUUUAGGAGACUGAAAGAAUGCAGGUGGUGGGAAUGAGAUUCCUCUGACAGGGUUACUGGGGUUAGAGUGUGGAGUUCUGCAAUUUGGAAGAAGCUCAGAUUAGAGCUGGAGUAAAAUGAACCAGUUGAUGUAGUUUGGACAUGUUAUUAAUGAUGUCCACCUGGGGAAAACCAAGGACUUGUUGGAGGGAUCAUAUCACAAAGAAGCCUUCAUGGGAAUAUGCUUUGAGAGGAACUAGCAUCUGUGGCCAAGGACUGAAAAAUCUGAACAGACCUCCUCACAGCCUGAUGACUUGGGUUUGUGUUUCUACGUAAACAUGAGACAGUUUUCAACAUCAUUAAAAAAAAAAGCGUAUAGGAAAAGCUUGAUAAUGUUACUGAGUGAGUGAACUAUAAGUGUAUGAGUGUCCUUAAGGACUAGAUGUUUCUAGGAACAUUUCUGUUGUGGAUUUCUGUUCUGUCAGGUAGUUUAUCAUGAUGACUAUUUUUAACUGUUUUCAUUUGAACACAUUUUUAAUCUUAAACAUCUCCAAACAAUUCCAAAACAGGGCUUGGACUGAAACGGUAACAAGGUGUUCUACUGGUCUUACUGGUGUCCACAGGCAUGAGCUAGGAACAACGAGUCUAAAAAAAAAAAACAGUCUUCCAACUAAACUGCAUUAGAUUAUGUAACACUGGAGUAAAUAAUUGGACGGUUGCAGUUCCUCUUUGCAUAUAUCGUACUUCAGCUGCUUACGUACUUUAACAUCCAAUAGAACGCGAUUCAAACUAAGGUUCUGCUCAUUUACUUUAACCCAGGUCAUGAUGUCAAACCAAUCAAAACUCAUCUAAUAAAAUAAACCCAUAUGUGUACAGUACUGGGGUUUUGUAAAUGAUCAUUAAAUUCAUUCCAAAAUUGGAUAUAUUUAUUAUGUUUUAUACAUCAUAUCCUUGUAUCAGUGGUGUGUGCACUAUGUUCCAUGUUCUUACAAAACUACUUGUCUUUAACUCCGUUUUUGAGUGAGCCAAAUUAAUCUAAUAAAGCAGUUAUUCACAUGA